AUGGCCGGUGUUCUGCUUUGGGUGAUUUGUCCCAAAGAGAAUGCCAGUUUUGCUGCAACAACCCUUUUCAGUUUAGUCCCAAAAAGCGGCUUACAGUUAAGCAGGUACCCCAAAGUGUGUUCAAGACAAAAAUUAUCUAAUGGGGUUUUUGCUGCUGCUUCCCUUUCAAGUGCAGUGGUAAACCUACCAAGAUCUUCAGAGGAGAAGGUGUAUGAGGUAGUUCUAAAGCAAGCUGCUUUGGUGAAAGAACAGAAAAAAGAGAGAGCUUUGGAUGUUAGAAAAGGAAAUGAUCAAGCUGAGAGUAUGACUCGUGGGGAUCUGCUGAAUGGGGCAUAUAAUAGGUGUGGUGAGGUCUGUGCUGAGUAUGCCAAGACCUUUUACUUGGGCACAUUACUAAUGACACCAGAGCGGCGAAGAGCUGUCUGGGCAAUUUAUGUGUGGUGCAGGAGGACUGAUGAGCUCGUGGAUGGACCUAAUGCAUCAUAUAUCACACCCAAGGCUCUGGACAGGUGGGAGCAGAGGUUGAAUGACCUUUUUGAAGGUCGCCCAUACGAUAUGUAUGAUGCUGCUCUAGCCGACACUGUCUCAAAGUACCCUGUUGAUAUACAGCCGUUCAAGGACAUGAUAGAAGGAAUGAGAAUGGACUUGAAAAAGUCGAGAUAUAAAGACUUUGAUGAGCUUUACCUGUACUGCUACUAUGUUGCUGGGACAGUGGGGCUGAUGAGUGUUCCAGUAAUGGGAAUAGCACCAGAAUCAAAGGCUUCAACAGAAAGUGUAUACAACGCUGCUUUAGCCCUUGGGAUAGCUAAUCAACUCACCAAUAUACUUAGAGAUGUUGGCGAAGAUGCUAGUAGGGGAAGAAUAUAUCUCCCACAAGAUGAGAUCGCUCAAGCUGGCUUGUCCGACGAAGACAUAUUUAACGGGAAAGUGACAGACAAAUGGAGGAGUUUCAUGAAGGGACAAAUUAAGCGUGCAAGAAUGUUCUUCGACGAGGCUGAGAAGGGUGUUGCAGAACUCAAUGCUGCUAGUAGAUGGCCGGUCUGGGCAUCUUUGUUGCUAUAUAAACAGAUAUUAGAUGCUAUUGAAGCAAAUGACUACGAUAACUUUACAAAGAGAGCUUAUGUGGGAAAAGCAAAGAAAUUUGCAUCAUUGCCCAUAGCCUAUGGUAGAGCGCUCAUGGGUGUUUCUUCUAAAUUCGCCGAGCCAGCAAGGAGUUGA